AUGACCACCAUUCUUUCAGUUACCAAGACCGUCUCAGAUGAACCUGGGUCGAUUACCUCUGAGUCAAUAUAUGAUGACUACACUGAAGGUGGGUUUCGAGGACCAGGAGGAUAUAAGGGCUUCAUAGAGAGGCUUGAAGCAAGUGGACAAAGUUGCUUAACUGAACUCAUAAGGAACUUAGAAAACUCGGAAUACCCUGUUAAAGUGUCUGUCAUGUGCUGCCAUUGUGGGAUAUACACCAUGUAUCUUGAUUUGUUAGAAGAGCCACCUUCAGUGACUGUUUUCUCCAUGCUUGGAUUGCCGGAGAUCAAGAUUCCAAAGUUGCAGUCAAUCGGUCCUCACACAGAUUGUUAUCCUCCUAUAAUCACGCAAAUGUUGGACCAGUUCAGCAGUAUUGACAAAGCAGAUUGGGUUCUCUUUUACUCCUUCGAUAAGUUGGAAGAAGAGGAGAGUUGGAUGCUUAAUUCCUUUUCAAAGCAACUAGAGAUUUAG